UUCGACAGAGGAAAAAAAGCGCAGGACGCUAAUAAGUCAGUCUUAUUAUUUGUUCUCCAGUUUGAAAUAUUUACGUCGUAUAAAAUACAUCUUUGAUUAUUUAUUUAAGGAUCAAAUCGUCUCGAUGCGCUAGAAGCACUGUGCCGCUUCUCGUGCUGUCUUUGCUUGUUAGUUAGCUUAGCUCGCUAGUUAGCUUAGCUUGUUAGCUGCUAACAGAAGACACAGAAGUUAUCAACACAUCGCUAAGUAGAGAUCAAGUGUGAGAGUAAAGUGUUGUGAUUGUGUGAAAAUGUCGACAUUACAAAUGUUGAGAGCGUUGGUGGAUCAGCGACUAACUGCUGCCGUUGAAGAAAUAUUUGUAGUGUUAGAAAGAACGAUAGCAGAAUACGAGGCGGAACUUUCUAGAACAAUUGAAGAGAACAAUCAACUGCGGGACGCUGUUUUCAAGAAACAUCGAGUUGUGUUACACAGAACAGACGUCGAAGAAGAAUAUCUUCUUCAUGAGCUGGAAGAAGAGCCACAGCCCCACCACAUUAAAGAGGAAGAAGAGGUACCACAUUCCCAUCACAUUAAAGAAAGAGGGGAGGAUCCACAGCCCCCCCAUAUUAAAGAGGACCACGAGACACCACAGACCAAUAGUGUUAAACUGACCCUUCACAUUAAAGGUCAAGCGGAGGACCCACUGAUCUUACACAUCAAAAAUAAAGAGGGGGACCCAAUGACCCCUCAUUUUAAGGAGCAAGAGAACCCGCUGACCCCUCACAUUAAAGAGGAAAAGGAGGACCCACUGAACCCCUACUUUAAAGAGGAAGAGGAGGACCUAGAGCCGCUACACAUUAAAGAGGAAGAGGAGGAACACUACAUCAGUCAGCCUAAAUGGUUGGAGGAGUUCCCAGUGACUGGUGUCCCUGUGAAGAGUGAAGAUGAUGAGGUCAAAGGUGAAAGUGAGGAGAAGAGAGAGGCGGAGCCUCCAAGCAGCAGCUCAACACAACACAUGACAACAGAAGCUGAUGGAGACCACUGUGGAGGAUCACAAGCAGACAAGCUCUUAGCUCCACUAUCAGAUAGUGAGGACACAACGUCACACUCUCCUGACACUGAUGAUGAAGACUCUAAAGAUGAUAAGACAUGUCACACUGACAACACUCACUUGAAAUGUUCUCACUGUGACAAAACUUUUAAAUACCAUAGUCUUCUGAAAAGACACAUGAGAAGACACACUGGAGAAAAACCUUUUUCUUGCUCAGAAUGUGGUAAAUGUUUAGUAACAAGUUGCAAUUUGAAAGUACACAUGAUGAGAACACACACCGGAGAAAAGCCUUUUAUCUGUUCACUCUGUGGUAAAGGUUAUGUACAAAGUCACAAUUUGAAAGUACACAUGAGAACACACACUGGUGAAAAACCUUUUUCUUGUUCAAUCUGUGGUAAAGGUUUUGCACAAAGUUCAUCUUUGGUAAAACACAGAAGAAGACACACUGGAGAAAAACCUUUUUCUUGUUCAAUCUGUGGUAAAGGUUUUGUACAAAGUAACAAUUUGAAAGUACACAUGAGAACGCACAGUGAUGAAAAACCGUUUUCCUGUUCAACCUGUGGUAAAAGUUUUAGAGAAAGUAAAUGUUUGAAAAUACACACGAGAACACACACUGGUGAAAAACCUUUCACAUGUUCAAUCUGCAACAGAAGCUUUUGUGAACGAUCAAACCUUGUAGCACACAUGAGAACACACACAGGAGAGAAAGUGUUGAGUUGUUGUGUGUGUGGUGAAAGAUUCUCUUAUAAGUACCAGUAUAAGAAACACAAGUGUGCUGGUGAGAACAGCAGCAGCAAAUGAAACGGCAGGAUUUGAAAUAAACUGUCAAGACUUUAAUUUUGACUUUCCAACAACAUCAGCACAUAUAACAUGUGUGACAUUGUUGUUUGUGUAACAAUGCUGUAACAUGCUUCUAUAUUUAUACACCCAUUUUUCCCCCCAGUCCAUUACAUGCAUUAAUAUGCAACGUUGUGUACUUUUAUAUUAAUAUAAAAUAUUACAAGAACAAUUUUACUAAAAAGGUCAGUGCAUCCAAAACAGUACAAAACAUGUGAUUUAUUCAAUUAACAUUUAGUGUAUAUACCUUUUAUACAAUACCAUUUCCUUUUAAAAUGUGUGGCUUUAUGUGUUACAUUAUUUGUGUAACACAAUUUUAAUAUGCUUCUACAUUUAUAGAUUAGAUAUUUUGUACAUGCAUUAAUAUGCAACAUUGUGUACUUUAUUAAAAAUUGAACAGAACAAUUUGACUGAAAAGGUGAGAGUAAACAGUACAAUACAUAUUUUACAUACAUUAAACAAUUUUAAGUGUAUAUAUAUAUAUAUUCAUCAUACAAUAUUAGACUUAUUCAUAAUAGUGUUUUUUUUAUAGGUGUUUGAAAUAUUGAAGUGUUGCAUAUUGUUAUUUCUAAUUAUUAAUCAUCCCAUAGAUUAGCACCUUUAUAUGAUAUACAUAUGUACUGGUUCACAUCUGAAACAUCUUCUGGACCACUUCAGGAAGCAUAUUGUUAUUUACUUUAUACAUCAUUUGAACAGUUGUCUUUUAUACAGUUUUAAAAUGUGACUUUAUGAGUCAUUUGUUGGGUCUCUAUAAUCAUUUUUAUUAAUUAUCUUUAUUACGCUCUUUUGUAAUAUGAUGAUUGUGUUGUGAUUGUUUUAUAUGUAUGUACCCAGACCUUUAUGCAAUAUAAAAGUGAGAGAAAAUGACUGAAUUGUUUGUGGAAGGAUGGUUUUGUUUUUACAAACUUACA